AUGUCUCCGUCUUCGAAGUCGUGGAACUCCGUCGUUCCUGUCUUGGUGGGCUCGGUGUCGGCCGGAGUCGUCGGAGCCUGGUUCUUUUGGCGAUACAGACAGACACAGACGUCUCUCGCCGCCAAGGGCAUCCAACAUCAGGAUCCCAAGGCAGACCCGUGCGGAAUCGAGACGCAAGUUGCUGUCCCGGAGCCCAAAGUCGAGGCCAAAGUCUCGGUCCCAGAGGACAUUCAAGUGGAUUUUUGCGUAGAAGGAGAGCUGCAGCAAUGUGAGCAUACUCUGACUGUUGUGCAGUCUUUGACUGCUGAGCGAGGUUCCAAGAAUGCUGCGCUGGAUACUGCUCUGGGGGCCUUGAAUGAGCUUGUUCCAGCCUACGCCGCCAAACUGCAGGACAAGCGUUGGCUCUUCUCUCAUGCAGCUGAGUUGGAGAACACCUCCGAGGCUCUGCAGCUUCUUCUGCUGGCAGACGAUGAGCAAAAUCUGGAGGCCGCGGCGAAGAGCGGUCGAGACAUCCCGGAGCUGCUCGUUGCGGCGCAGGCCUUGGCCAAG